AUGAUGCAUAUCCCAAGAAUCAAGUUCACCUACGGCAAUCGAAAGUCAAGACUCAAAACACUCACACAACAAUACGAUAGCAGCGAUGAUGAUCAGGACAUCCAGGUCGGACCUAGUAGCAACAAACUAUUCGAUCGAUUGACUGCCAAUACUACUGCUACCACUACUCAGCAACAUGCCAAGAAGAAUCAAACAUCCAAAAAAGAGAUCCCUAGCAACAUCCAUCCUUCCAAGAAACGUAAGAAGACUGACCAGGAGCCCCAGAACAUCAUCACUACCACUAAUCGACGCGUCUCAGAUCGAUUGAAAUCCAAUCCUUCAAACCCAGAAACCACCACCAGUCAACCUCAAGUGAAUCCUAAUCGAGAAACUACACCACUGGAUCAGGAUCUACUUCUGAUUCUACAAGUUCAAAAACCUCAAACUUCAAGUGCUAGGCCUAGUCGAGCUCGAUCGGUCAAUCAGUCUCCUCAAAGUAUCAAAAAACCACACCUUCAGCCCACUCAGUGCUCAUCACCUCAACGAGUAGUCAAGAAGAGACCGAGGACAGAAUCUAAAACUGAACAAGACAGGAAGGCCCUACCAGGUCCAGAACUUCCUCAACGCAGGAUCACUCGCUCACUGUCUCAGAGAUCUCUCGUCCCAUCCGAACCAACUUCUCAGCCUAUCCGCACUGAGCUCAAUUGUCCAUUCCCCGAUCAGAGAGAUGAACACUUCUCCUCGCCUACAAACUCACCCCAUCAUCAGUCACCUCAGCCUCCCGGAUCUGACACGCAUGACCAUUCUGAUAUUUUCGCCAUCCUCGAAUCUAUCAAGGCCUGCAACGACUCUGAAGGGGCCGAGUUGAAUGGAUCUCCCAAAAAGGCUCGUGUAGCACUGAUGGGUGGCAAAACUAUUUCCCGAUCUGGCGCUCUUUCACCCUCACUUUCGUCUGGUUGUUCUCGACCAACGAGUCCGAUCGCCCGGCCAGCUAAUCGAUUACUGAAGCGCGUUCUCAGCACUAGCUCUUGUUCUGAUUUAUUUGGCUCAUCCAAUCGAACUUCCAACCUCCCCCCAAGGAAACCACUUGCACGACAACUAUCCUCAGAUUUCCCACCGAUACCCGUCAAUCAUGAAGUGAUCAACACUAGUAACUUAGUCAACAUAUUCCCGGGUGGCAAAGCGCUGAAAAAAACUUACGGUGGUGAAAGGACAUUCAAGCAAGACGAGAACGAGUUAAAGUUGUUAAUGCCAAUAUCUACGCCGGCUCCACCUCGGACAUCGAAAAGGUUAUCUGGGCCGACCGCGGGUUCGUCUCGAUUGACGGGCUCUCUCAAGAGGUUCCAAAGUCGGGAGACAUACAGUGAGCUGCGCAAGAAGUGGGGCGUCGAUGAAGACGAUGAACCUAUCGAAGAUGAAACUGAGCUGCAGACGACCAUCCAUCAACGUGCCAGUGGCUCUUCCAAACGAUUCACGGAUGAGCUGUUCUACUUGAUCGAAGGCCUGGUCUCCACAGCUGACCAACCGGACCUCAGCCUCAAACGCUCCAGUGCAGUGGAGUUGAUCAAAAAACUUAAAGAACAACAAUUUAUGAAUGAGCUACGCUCGAAUGGAUUGAUCGAGCAUUUCUAUAACUCAUUCAGGUCUGCAGGGGCAGGAGACGGCGAUCCGAUCCUCGAUCAUGCCCUGCUCAUCUUCAUCUCACUCCUCAGUUGUCAAGACCAAAAAUUUAUCGAACCCGUCCUGAGAAUCAUCCCCAAAGGUUCUACCGGACUCUUCUCGAUGCAAUCCGACUGUUUGCAGGUGUUGGGAACUGUCGCAUGUCGCAAUUACCCCCAACCGACUCUGAAACCUCGCGGAACUUCGCGAAGACAUCCUCCAUUGGUUACUCAAAUCCAGGAAGUCAUCCAAGAAUCCAUUUUGAGGAAACAUCUUCCAGGAGCGAGCAGUCCUGGAUUAUUGGCGCUGUUCAGUCUAGCCCGUAUCGCCAUGUUUGUCCCCCGCCCUGGCCUCCUUCCUCAACGAUCUAUCGUCCAUUGCUCUGCUUUCGCCUCUGCUAUCGACUGCUUGAAAGUUUAUAGCCAAAAACUUCAUGAUUUAUUCGAUAAUUCUGUUUCAUUUCCAAGCCAAUGA